AUGACGACUACCGCAACAGAGGCUAGGGCUCGUCCUGCCAUUGAGCCUAUACGAACCACGGGUCCUGAACUGAACACCUGGUCAUUCCGAGCACGCAUGGCCUUCAAGAGCCCAGCCUGGUCCGCCUCGCCUCUCUCACCUCGCAGUCUCCCUCUGCCAGGGUGCCAGGAGCUGAGGGAUGAGCAGAUGCGCCAACAUGACAAGAUGGCCGUUGACCGGCUGGAACCGCGAAGCCGUGACUCCUCCAAGCUAGAGCCGAGCCUUCGCAACGUCUCUCUGAGACCCAUCGCAGAGCUCGCCCUGCCAAGUCCCAAUACUCUGCCAGCUCGUCGUUCUCCUCUAUCUGCACCCCUAUUCGCGCCGCCAGUCUACCGCAGACCAACUAUCGUGGAGGAGACGAGGAAUAUGUUGCUUCAGGGGCAGGAUGGUGAACAAGGCGGUCAUCUCUCGCAGGCAUAUGAUCGCAGACAAUCCGCACCACCGGGUGUUCUCCACGCAAGAGCUAUGCAGAUUGCCCGGCAGCGAGAGCAUCUCCGUCGAAGAGGUUUUGUCGGUUCGUAUAGACCGCGCGAGGCCGAGUUGUUGGUGAUGCCGGUUGAACUACGCCGCCUCUCCGCCAUUACCGGUGCAGAGCCCCCCUCUCCCUGCCCUGUAGAUGGACAACUGACCACGCGGGUGGUUGUUCAUUCCCGUGGAAGAAAGCCAUUGGUUUUGACGAGGACGUUUGAUCUGGACGAAUUGCGAGCUACGCUUCCAAGAGUGAGCCCAGUUGAUCGAGCUGACCAGGGCCGAAGAGCUUCAGUUGCGACUCUCCAAACACCCUCUACCGCAAACCGACUAUCCUCACCAGGUCUCGUCACCGAAAGACGCCACUCACAUGGCGCUCUUCCUGCCCGUAGCCCCCAGCGUUCACCGGCAGCAGAGAGAAGAAGUUCUCGGCAAGGGUUGUCGUCGGUUGCCAUUCACCUCGAAUACGCCCGAACGUAUCUCCCUGUACUUGCCGCCAUCAUUCUCUCAGAAAUUGUUCGACCGGGGGACACCAUCGAGCUCCCGCUGCCACAUCCUCGUGCCUGGGAGGACACUGUCGCGUACAUCUACACAGGACGAGUUGCUCUCACAGAGCCGAUUCGACAAAACAUUCUUUACCUGGGGGGCAAGGUCUAA